CGUAUCCAAUGCUUCUAGUGCUAAGAGUAUGAAUAUAAUAAUUGGUCGAUUUUUAAAUAUGGGCUCACAUAUCAGACGUUUGGGCAUUGUUUCAGAAAGAUGUAUGAAAACUGUACGUGUAUAUGGACUGACUGGUGUUGCAUUUGGCCGUUCGCUUUCUUCUUUCAUCACAUUUAUACAAAAAUCCAUUGUUUCCAUCGCUGAAAAAUCUGGAGGACCACAAAAUAUGAAAAUUAUUCAUUUAUACCAUGCUAUGGAUGAUAUAUCAUUAGUAAUUGAGAGGAUUGCUGUAUUUUGCUGUUGCGAUGUAGCUAAUUCAAGGAUUUCAGAGUUGUCACCAAAACAAAAAGAGCAACGAGAUAAUGAAGGAUUUUAUUUACCUUUUGGGUCAAAAAUUUUAUCUGAAAUCUAUAUUACAGCAGAAACAAUUGAUUCAGCUAGAUCACCUUUCCUAAGAGCAGUCUUUCUGGCAUUUUUGGAUCAAUCAAGUAGACCAUUUUUCGAAAUGUUAAAUUAUUGGCUCGGAAUACUAUCAUCUUCGUGCAGUUUCUUACCUAUGAAUUUGUAUAAUGAAGAGUUUAUAUAUACGGAAUUUGAUACUAUUUCUGUGAAAGACAAUGGUGAUGAAUUUUGGCGAAUAGAAGCUGAUGAUGAGUAUUUCUUACCAACGUUCAUCAGUUCUGCGCUUGCACGUGGUGUUCUGGAGGCAGGAAAGGCCUUAAGGUUGCUACGUGAUUGUCGACCUGAGCAUCCCUUAUGCAAUUCGAGUGCUGUUUUAAGUCAUAUGACUGAUAGACCCGCUUGGGACCUAAAUUUGAAAUUUCUAUUUAUUCAAGGAGACAUAGAUGAAAUGCACGAUCAACUUCGUGACUAUUUACACAACAUGACUAUUGCCAUCGUUACUCAAGAUGAAGAACAAAGAUCAGAAAUCGUGCACACUCGUGAUUGUAAAAUGACUGAAAGGAAUCAAAAUGCCGAUUUACAAUUAACCGAAAAGAUUUCCCACUUCAUGUCAUUAGAUUCUUUAACCAAAGAUCCCGUCAUAAUACUUAUAGAACGAUUCUUACAAAUUCAAUCAUCAACGUCUCCUUACGCACAUAAAGAAUACAUUCUUCCAUUGGGUGCGGUCACUGAUCUUGUUCUAAGGCAUACACUUAUUUGUCAUUGUAGACUUAUCGACGCAUCGGUUCUAUCUAUAUUUUUCCAUGAUUUGGACCUUUGUGCUCAUCUGAAUGUAUUACGAGAAUUUAUGCUCAUGGGUAAUGGGACAUUUGUCUCUGGACUAACUGAUGCUCUAUUCAGUGACAAUGUUGAUUAUGGUGAAGAUUUUACGGCUAACAAGAAUUAUGGGUCGAAAUCUGGAAUGGGACUAAAGCUAAACAGUCGCAAAACGUGGCCCCCUGCAGCCUCUGAAUGGGGAAUAGCUUUAAAAGCCGUCAUCAUGGAAACUAUAUUACUAGAAAAGAAUAAUUCUCAAGCAGAAGUCGGUACUUGGAGUAGAGUGAAUGAUUUGGAUAAGCUUUUGACGUUUGGUGUUAAACCAGAUAUGGAUAAUUGUAAUGAUCCUAAUGCAUUAGAAGCAUUGGAUACGCUUUAUAUGGAUUAUAAACCUCCUUACCCGAUCAAUGUGAUAAUAACUCCAA